AAAGAAAAGAAAAGCAUAUAUUAUUAAACAACACAAAAAGGUUUUCCUUUUUUUUUUUUUAAUUCUUGUUUGAGUUUCUCUCAGCUGCAAACAAUGUUAUUAUUCCUCGGCACACAAAUUUCAGAUUUCUCUUUUUAUUCCCUUUUUCUUCUUUACCACCCUAAAAUCCCAGCAAACAAACAGGCCACCCACCCAACUCUAAUUCUCUUUAUUCUCUCUGCUGCCUGAUUCUCUUACUUGCCCUUUUGUUUAUUUCUUUGUAUCGUCCAUAAAUAUAUAAAUAAAAAUAAAAAUAAACUAGUGCUAGCGGCUAAGACAAUAGCCAAAAGCGCCGUCGUUUGAGGAAAGGGAAAAUGGACAUGGGUGGGGGAUCGGCGUCGGGAGAGCCGCAGAUUUCGAUAGUGGCGCCGACCAUGUUUCCUGGGUUUAGGUUUUCGCCAACUGACGAGGAGCUCAUUUCUUAUUACCUCAAGAAGAAGAUUGAGGGUGAUCAUAAGUGUGUUGAGGUCAUAUCCGAGAUUGAGAUUUGGAAACACGAGCCUUGGGACUUACCAGCCAAAUCUGUCAUUCGAUCAGAGAAUGAAUGGUUCUUCUUUUCUCCACGUGGAAGGAAGUAUCCAAAUGGCUCACAAAGUAGGAGGGCAACUGAAUUGGGUUAUUGGAAAGCCACUGGGAAAGAACGAAACGUAAAGUCUGGUUCAAAUUUUAUUGGUACCAAGAGGACACUUGUUUUCCACAUUGGUCGUGCCCCAAAAGGGGAAAGAACAGAAUGGAUUAUGCAUGAAUACUGCAUGAAUGAGAAAUCCCAGGAUUCUAUGGUCAUUUGCCGCCUUCGAAAGAACAGUGAAUUCCGUCAAAAUGACACAACAAACCUGGCUUCUUCAAGUCAACAGCAGUUAUCACCUAGGCAAAAUAGUAACUGUGCUGUUUCCGGAGUUGGUAUUGAACAAGGGGAUAAGACAGUUGAGGAUCAUUCAAAGAAGUGUAGUAGCAGCUAUGAUUCAUACUCUAUUGAGCAAAUUGAUUCUGCAUCUGAAUCCAAUCAAAAAUGUACCACAGAGGUUACACAGCCUGAAUCUUCUGGCCAUCAGAAGGAUUAUGAAGAAGAUUUUUAUGCAGACAUAUUGAAUGAUGAUAUCAUCAAACUCGACGAAUCAUCUAUAUCUACUACUCCCAACAUGUUUCCAUUAGUUGCCAACAAUGCAGAGGCUGAACAAAAAUGUGAACUGCCUGCUCAAGCUACUCCAUCACAGACUACUCCUUUUCAAGGUACUGCAAAACGAAGACUCAGACUCGGGAAGCAAGCAGCAAAACAAGGCGGUGAUCGAAGGUCAUCAUUGGAAACCAGCAAUAAUGAUUACUUAAUUAGGAAAAUCGGUUGUUCAAAUUCAUUAAAACAAUCUCCUAAGAGCAUUUCCUCUGCUAGGGUGACAGUCAAUUUUAACUUAUUGUUUGUAGUUUUUGUUUUCAUGACUUUAAUGGUUUUGUUUUUGUCUUUGUUUGGAGGUUUUCGACAUGUCAAGCGUAUCACAAAUAACACUUUGUAACAAGGUUUCUGUUAUUGAACAUUAGUAUUAUACCUAUUCCGUUGA